UUAACGUCUGUCGCAAACCGGAAGCCGCUUCUCCUGAAGAACACAGACUGAUAUCUGGUCGAUGGCGCACUCUUACAUCUUUAGCCCACUGUAAGGAGUUUUAAUGUUAGAAAGUCAUGCGAGUUAGGAGGAUCACGUGCUUUUCACUCUUUUUCGGAUGGUUCCUGUCGUCAGUCCCGGAGCUCACAGGUAGUGCAGAGCUCAGUAUUGCUGUUGAAGUGGACACAACCAUACUCAUUAAUAGUGCUCACACAAACACACACUGCAGAGUUUGCAUCAGACAGGACACACAACAGCUGUGCCAGUCCUCUGUGCUCCUCAGAACUGACACGCUUCUGGAUUUCAACUGCUCACAGCCAGAGAAUGUGUUCACCGUACAGAUAAUCAGAGACAAUGUGAUGUAUAACAUUGAACCCAAAGAACACGACGCCUUUCAAAAGUUCAAUCGCACCUUCAUCUGGAAUCUGAAGCCGCCAGAUAAAAAGACCUUACACUUGAAUUUCAGUAGUACUGGUUUACAGCAGAUUCAGCCCACAGACAGCUGCCCAGACAAACACGUUUACAUGCUCGCAGUGCAGAAUGUCAGCGUUGGACGGUUUUGUUCGAAUGGAACUAUUAGACAAGUCGAUGUGUGUAACAUUGGCAUAUUCUCUUUGGAAGUGUCUGGAGGUCGAGCUCUGGACAAGAAGGUUAUCGGUGUGUCAAUGGGACCUCUCAUUAACUCACUGGCUAAUUUCCAUGUUGUUCUCCCAGAGAGGAGUUCAACCCAGGACUUCUUUACCCCAAUCGCUUUUCCUGAAGAUGCAGAGACGACGUGGUGUUUUACCGUUCCCCACACAUACUACACUGAUGUGCACAUUCUGAGCUACACUGUCCCAACAUGCCUCCAACCUGAAAACAUCCCUACAAUGAAGUACACUUGGCAGGGGGAAGAGCCUCUGGUGAAACUGAUGAAUGUAAGCCAGCCGUUGGUAGAGCCUGGCAACUUUAACCUUUCUAUAAAGAACUGCAAAUUAUCCGGGCCACAGCCUCCAUCGCAAGACCUAAUGGUGCACUUCCAGAUCUCUGCAAUCAGAAGAAGCAAGGGGCAAUGUGAAGUGGAUCUGCCUGAGAAGCAAGUACUACAGAUACGUGUAAAAAAAAAGGAAAAAACAACCUGUGUGUUGAAACUGGAUUCGGUAAUGAUGGACACAAUCACCAUAGCUUCAGGGAACCAUUUUGUCCUGAACUCAUUUGACUGUCACAAGGAUGAUAUAGAGUUGACUGUCAACCAGACCAUAGAAUGUAAAGAAUGGAGAGACUGUGCCUCCACUCCAUUCCCUCUAACUUUCAGCUACGAUCAGCAGUGUAUCCCGGGAGUUUUGAAGAAGAUCAUCUGGCUCCUUCAAGGCCCUCAGAACAGUGCAGUGGAGCUGCAGACUCCUGCAGGAGAUCUGCGUUACUGUCCGCCCAAAGACAAAUGCAACAGCAUCCUCCUCCUAAAUGUGUCCCAUGUUACCUCUGGCAUCACUCUUGGGCAGUUUUGUCCAAAGGGAACCAUUCAGAAAAUCCAAAUCCGUGAAUCCAUGAUUGCAAUAUCUGCCUCCGUUAUGAGUUCCAAUUACUGGAAUUUGGCAACUAAACCCUUCUUAACCUAUUCAUUUACACAGGACAUAUCAGAGCACUAUAUAUUCACUGUUGCACCAAAAAUGGAUAACCCUACGGUGUUGGGGACCCCAGCCUGGCCGUCUGGCAUGAAAUCGUCUAGCACCGUGUCCUGGAUUGUUAACCUGGAGCCUCAGUUCAAGAGCAAUGUAAAGUUCAGAAAUGUCAGCCAGCCCAAGUGUAAGGAGGUGCACACAAACAUCGCAGUGCAGACCAUUCGAUCUCAAAAGACGCUGUACAGCACCAAAAAAGAUGAGAAGAUUAAUGAUCUCCUGGUUCCAGAAAGUUUUUACCUUAACAUGACUAACUGCAAAUCACCGACAGGAGCCUUCAGGGCGAUGAUGGAGAUCACGCUGCAAAACAACUCAAAUGUGCUUUUGGGCAUCAUCCUGAGUAUUGUGGGAGUUGUGUUGGUGAUCAUAACAGCUGUGGGGAUCUGUAUUUUUCUCAGGAAAAAGAAGAGGAAUAAGGCUCCCCCAGUAUCUGUCUACAAUCCCAGUGAGCAUACUUUCCUUCCAGGCCUGCAUGGCAUCCCCAAAGCACAGGACGAGGAGGAUCCUCACACUUACAUUUACAUAGAUGAAUCUCUAAUAUAUAGCCAUCUGCUUAAAGAUGAUAAUGAAAAAGAAGAAUAAGAAGAAGCCACUGCAGAUGAGAGUGAUUUGAAGCUGGAUUAUCCACCUCUGAAUAACCCAGCUUUAGCUGAGAGACCAAUCAGAAAAGAUGAAAACCUCGUCACUGAAAGCAAUGCAUUGAUUGACAAUGAGCUCUAUGUUUUAGUUCAGGGACAAUCAACUACAUCUGACUCCACGAAGACUUCUGAAGAGGAGGGGAAGUGAAGCCAGACCCUGUGUGUGAGGGGGAAAGUACUGUUAACUAAAGUGUAUUUUUUUGUUUUUAUAUUUAGUAUUUUACAUGUAAACAGGCUGCUUGUUUUAAAGACUGUAUGUCAUUUUUGACAUUAAAACAUCUUUUUAUUUAUUUACACCUUAAAAAGUUAUGAAAUGUAUUCUAUCAAAAAAAGUGAAAAAAUUCUCUAGGUUUGUGAAUUGGCUGUGACCCAGGGGUCUUGUUGCAGACCUUAGAAAAUUGUUUGGGAUAGCAAAGUCUUCUAAUAUGCCAUUGGCUUCUACCACAUAAAUGUAAAUGGUUUCCACUACAAAUACCAUCACAAACAUUACAAACCAUCAACUUUUAACCAUUAAAACCAGAAAACAAAUGAUUUCCUGUAAACAUAUUCCAUUAGAAUUUAGUGGUUAACAAGCUGCCAAUAGAAGGUAACCAAUAACCAGUAGAGCUCAACAGGGACCAGUACACUUUCCAUUAAAAUCAGUAUAAUUCCCAACAUAACUAUUAAAACCAUUACAAAAUC